AUGGCUCAAACUCUAUAUUUCCCUCUUCUCCUCAUUGCUCUCUGCUCCAUAUCUGAAUGUGUUCAGCGUCAGUAUCACUUUAUAAAUGAGAACAAGACCUGGACUGAAGCUCAGAGAUACUGCAGAGAGAAUUACACAGAUCUGGCCACCACUGACAACAUGAACGACAUGAACCAGCUGAUGAAGAGUGUGAAAGUGAAUAAUGGACGUGUCUGGAUUGGUCUUCAGAAGACGAGUGUUUAUAAUUGGCAUUGGUCUUCAGGUGAUCCUACACGGUUUCUGAAGUGGUAUUCUAGACAACCAGUCAGCAGUAAUAAUUGUGCUUAUAUAACAGGUGGACUAUGGUAUGUUUGGCCAUGUAGUACCACCAUCCCAUCCUUCAUCUGCUAUAACAAUAAACUGAUUGUGAUCCAGCAGAAUCUGUCGUGGUCUGAAGCUCUGAGAUACUGCAGACAGCAUCAUGUGGAUCUGGUCUCGGUUCAGUCAGUGGAGAUGCAGCGUCGUGUGAUGAACGUGGUUAAACUGGCGUCUACUGAGGCGGUGUGGUUGGGUUUACGAUUCUCCCACAUUUUGGGCAUCUGGUUCUGGGUGAGUGGAGAGACCGUGUACUAUCAGAACUGGGCUCGAGGGAAUGGAACAUCAGAGAUUUGUGAACCCACAGUGAGAUCUGGAGCAGUUCAGUCUGGACAAGGUCAGUUUUGGAUUAGCCGUCCUGAAACUGACCAACUCAACUUCAUCUGCACUAAGUACUAG